CCGGGAUGUCCAAUCAGAAUGUAAGCACAUGCUUAAGACCAUCCUGCUCAACAGGCACCUGUGUAACCUCUUGUCACCCUACUUCACCCCAAAAGCCUCUCCUGCAGAGCUGGUCUCCCUGUAUGAGGAAGUGGUCAACACCCUCCACAUAGACAGCGGUGACAUCAUAUUUAUGCUCCUCACUAAAUUUGAUGUGACACAGUGGCUGUCAGCGACACAGCCUCCGUUCCCCGAACGGAGCCGACUGAUGACAAUCAUCCAUCAGGCUCUCUGCACCUGUGGACUGAAUCCUGAGCCAGAAGUCUUAAUGCCCUUCAACAUCUUCUGCAAACACUGGACUGAACUGCUGCUUUACCAGUUUCCUGACCACUACAGCGACUUCCUGCGUUUACUCAUGCAGAGCUCUUCUGAGCAGCUUCUCAGUCCAGACUGCUGGAGAGCUUCACUGCGAGUGUUGGGCUGCUCUUCUCAGCCUAUUAUAAAGACAGGCAAAACCCGCUCCAUCCUCCUCUCCCCUCAGCAGGUGGAUGAGACAAUCGAAUGGCUUUCCAAGUUCUUCCUGAAGCUUCGUCUGUCUAACAGGGACUUCAGGAGCUUCGGUCUCCUUUCAAAAUGGGGCCCGUACAUUGAUGAAGUCAAAUUGUUUUGGAAAGAUCUGAUUACCUAUUCCAUUGAUCUGGAACUAAACAACUGUAGCAAAGAACCAGUAGGAAGUCCAAGACUGGUCAAAGCUCUUGAGAACCUAAAUACAAAAACGGCAAAACUUUUUGAACCAUGGAUUCUAGUCCUUGACACUGACAGCAACAGUCAACCUCGCUGUUCUCCAUGGCUUGAAUCAGAUGCCACAGCUGCAGCAGGCUUAGUGAGCUUAUAUGGAUGCUUGACAAAGACUUUGCAUGAGAAAUUCAAAGACCACUUGUUGCCUGGACAAAGAGGAGCUCUGUGGCUUCAUCUUAUGCAUUACUGUAAGACCUGCACUUCUCCCAAGAUGCCAGAGUACCUGCUGUACACCUACCACACCGAGUACACCCGUCUGCCAUGGAAGGACCUGCAUCCAGAUCAGACACUAAUGAACCAGUUUUUUAAUGUGGAACGGGGAAGUCCAAAGAGCUGUUUCCUGUUUAUGGGAGAGCUGCUGUGUGAGGUGAAUUGGGUCAGUGCAUUGAGUGAUGCUCUUAGCCCACAACCUAGCCCCUCAGCUCAGACUAUGGUGGUCUCCCUGCUCUACCUGAUGGUGUUCCUAGCCAAAGAAGAUUUUCUUCUCAACAAACCUGAGUCCCCGGUCCUAAAUCUACUUGGACAGACAUCUUCUCUCCCUUGGCAUUUAGUGGAUUCGCCUUCAUAUCAAAAUGUCACACGUUAUGUUAGCACACAUUAUCCAUCCUCCCUUGUUCUCAGUGGGGACACUUCUUCACAACAAGUCAUCAAAUUGCUUCAAAUGGCUGCUGGAUUUGGGCUGCCCACACAGUCGUUGCAUCACAAGGACAUGACUUUAAAGUGCCAAGCCUUCCUACACCUCAUGGUGCAGUUCCUGACCUCUCUUGAUCAGAAUGGGAACAUCAGUCUGGCAUCUCUGGAGACAGAAAUGGAGAAAUUACUAGAGUACAUUGUACUUUUUAACCCUUCUGAGACAGACCUCCAGCAAAGGCACAUGGCCACGUGCAGUCUGUUUGCUGAGAUGUUGACUCUUCUGAAUGAAGCUGGAAUUUCUACAGCAGAGGGACUCGGGACUAAACUCCAUUCCUGGGUGGAAAAGAGAGCUCGGGGUCUUUUGGUUCUCCCUCUCCUAACUGCUGCAUGCAGAUGCCUGGCCUCGGUGCGUCAUAUGGCACGCACCACUGAGGCCUGUAUUAUCUCUUACUUCACCGAUGGUGGUUGUGCUGAUCAGUACUCUGGCUGGGGGCCCAUCCUGGUCUCUCUGCAGGUUCCUGAGCUGACUGUUGAGGACUUCAUCCAGGAGAGCCUGAGCCUGGGCAGUUAUCUCACCCUGUAUGUCUACAUUCUCCAGAAGCUGAACCAGGAUCAGACUCUUCUCAAUGAGAAGAAGACCUUAAUGCUUAUCAGCUCGUGGAUCAAUCAGGUCUUCCCUAGUGGUCCGGCCGAUGAGGCAAAGCUGUUUUUGUGGUGGCAUAAAUUCUUGGAGCUUCUGCAGAUCCAGGUGGAUCAAGAGGACUCAUGUGGUCUUGACACUCUGAUUCUCACAUUAAUGGCAUUCCAAAACCGGCUGGCCCAGCUUGGUGAAGAAAGACUGAAUUCAGGCAUCCUUGGAGCCAUUGGCCUUGGGAGGAAAUCCCCACUUUCUAGCAGGUUUAGGGUUGUUGCACGCAGCAUGUCUGCAUUCAUCCUGGUCCAGGUGCCUUCAGAGUCUCAGCUGCGUCUUCAUGCAGGCACAGAGAUGCAGAUCUCUGCUAAAGCCCAACAGGCCUUAGCUGUGCUAGAGGUGAUGCCCAGUAAUAAGCAGUAUUCAGAGCUGCAAGUGUCUGUAUACCAGGCCUGCCAGUUCAUCAAGUAUCCAGGCCACUGUCUGCGUGACAGCAUCCGUCUUUUAAUCCUGCUUAUCAAUGCACUCUACACUGACCUACACUAUCUGGACAUCAUCCGUUAGCUACAGUAUAUACUUUAGCACAGGGUUUGUGUUUAUGCCUGCCAUCAAGCUCUGUGAAACCCACAAAAGAAACUGGAGUGAACCAGUCAGACUCCAGAUCUCCUGAAAGAGAACUCUUGGUUGAGAAUCAAUGCAAUGCAUUAGACAGUUUCAGUUUCUAGCACUGACAUCUUGACCAAGGCUUGAAAACAAAAAGUAGAGCGGAAGGUUAAAUCAUUGUUUGAAGUGCAUGUUCAUCAGUUUAUGGUUCAAAAUAAAUUUCUUAACAUGGUCUCUCGUCUUACAACCCUUUUCCUCAAUUGGUGCGUAGAUCUGCUUUGCUCAAUGAGAUUAUGGCAAGGCAUGAUGAUCUACACUCAAAAGGAGACUUGAAACUCUUUAUUAAAUUCAAUUGGUGGACAAACACACAAGAGUUUUAUGAAAACUAUCCUUGCGUGUGCAGAUCAUCAUGCCUUUUUACACAGUUUAUGGUCUUAUCAUAUUGUAAUUCUCAUUGUAGUCAUUUAUUCUCAUUGUAGUCAAAUUAUUUUGGAUUGUUGAGGAUUUUAGGAUGCAUAUUUGAGAAUGUUUUAGAUAUGCUUUGUUGGAGGAAUUUUGGUGGCAUUUUAGGAAAACCAUUACAUUUACAGGAGUAGUCACAGACUAUCUACAGUAUACUUCAUAGCACUUUUCCCUCCACUCAUUUCAUUUGUGCACAUGCUGGUGAAUUUACAAAAGGUUCAAUUUUACUUCAAAUUCACUCAUUACUAUAUUUUUUAAAUGUGCUUUUUAAAAAUACUUACAAGCUCAUGAAAAUCAACCAAGGCUAGACAUUAUAUUUUAAUCUGUUGAUGAUGCUGUUUCUUUCUUACUGAAUAAUGUCUUUAUUAUUUGUAUGAAAAAAAGUUGUUGUCAGGAAAAGAAAUAUAUUUUCUGGUCAAUAAUAUCCAAAGUAGAUGAAUACUGGUUGCUGCUCCAGCAUGUGAUCUGCCUGAUAAGUGCACUUAAUUUUCAAAUAUUGACAUGCUUGUCAAUACACAGCUAAAGUCCCUAAAGUAAUGUUCACAUGACAUCACACAUUCCUUUCUGCCUCAAAAGUUUUCUGUUUCUCCAAAGUAAGAUGGAUAUUAUUAAGUUGUAUAAUCAUUUGAAUUUCAGUGAAUGUGCUCACUGCUGUAUUUGACUAAAUGUAUAGAAUUGUUUUAUAAUUAAUAUUAAUUUGAAUGAGAAAAUGCAUUCUUUUGGUACUGUUAUCUCCAUAUUUGGCUCUAGUUUUAUUGACUUAAACGAAUACAUCGGGCCCUCUGUUGUCCUUUUAUGCUUUUAUUAUACAGUCAGUGGUCAUUUUCUCAUAUCAAAACAUUCUUUGUUUUCCAUAAUGCUUCAGUACAAAUAUCAAAACUUUUUACAUAAAAUGUACAAAAGAAUCAACAUCUCAGCAAUUUGUACAAUUUCAGCCUCCACAAACAGAUUAUUAACCAGAAUUGGAAAUGAUAAAAACAACUAAUAUUUCAGCAUGACAUGAUUAUUGUCAUGCUGCAGACCAUAAGUGUAAUGUUUAGAAAAACACUUAAAAAAAGAAAGAAAAAAAGAGCACAACGUUGAACAACCUGGACACUUAGAAGUUUGUAGAAAUGUAUACUGGAAAAAGGAGUCUAAUGUUGUAUAGAGCAUUAGUUGCCUUAUGUGUUUUCAGUAUUUUUCAUUCCCCUUUCUUGUGCCAUAAUUGCUCUUCUGUCAUGUGCUUUUAAGUACUGUCAAAUGAUCUGUCAUGUACAUUGGAAAUAUAAAUGAUUAUCAAGAUCAAUAAUACCUAUCAU